CACAAACACAAACACUCUCUAGUCUCACAAGAUCUUGUCUUUCCUCAAGGAAAGUAUAAGAAACCACUUGAAGAGAAGUCACAAUGUACUCUGACCUCUUGCUGUUGCCUUGUUUCAGUCUCCUGCUGAAGAUUAAGUAGCAAAAAUCCAAGCUUUUCAUCCCGGAAAGGUGUCUCCUUUCCCUAGUUCUCUUUGUGUUGGAUUGUUCAUUCUGUUUUUGGAGGAUUUGCUGUUCACUAGAUCUGUUUUGAAAAGCUUGCUGUUUUGUUUCAAAGAUCUCUUCUUUUGCUUUGCAUUGUUUAUGGGACUGGAAAUUUGGAGGAUUGGGCAGUUUGGUGUGUGGUUCUGGACAUCAGUGUUGGUGGCAUCUCAAGCAUCGAUGGAAUGAUUAGGGGAUCUCUUGUUCUCAAUUGAAUUUGUUGUUAUAUUCUGGAUUCAAGGAUCUGAUUUAGAAGUUUUUAGAUCUGGAGAAUGAAGUGGCAUGUCUUGCUUUUUGUUAUUGUUAUUCUCUUUGUUCAUUCAAAUGUUGGAGAGGCUCAACGGAAUGCCCUUUUCAUUGAUUGUGGGUCGAAUUCAAGCACCAAUGUUGAUGGUAGGAAAUGGAUUGGUGAUAUCUCGACCACUGAAAAUUUCACUCUGAGUUAUUCUGGAAUUGUUGCAUUUAUUGACACCGUUGACAAUGAGCCUACUUAUGGAAGCCUUUAUCGAACUGCCCGGUUCUUCAAUGUGACUUCAACCUACAAGAUCAGUGUGUUUCCUGGGACUUAUUUUGUCAGGCUUCACUUCUUUCCGUUCUCCUUCAGGAGUUUCAACAUUAAUGAAUCCGCAUUUGAUGUGAGUGCGAACAGUCUGAAGCUUGUCUCUGCGCUUGACAUCCCCGGAGAGAUUUCAUGGAAGAAUACAAGAACCAUGUCAAAUUAUUCAUCUCUGGUCAAGGAGUAUUUUCUCAAUAUCAGUACGAAUCAACUGGAGAUUGUUUUUAUUCCCAAAUCUGGAUUCUUCGCGUUUGUGAACGCUAUCGAGGUUGUGCCAGUCAUCAAUCAGUUGUUUGUUGACACUGUUAAUAGAGUUGGUGGGAAUGGUCUUAAAACUGAUCUUAAUUUGGCUGAACGGGGAAUGGAAACCAUGUUUAGAUUGAAUGUUGGAGUGCCGGCAUCUGAAUCAAGUGAAGACAAAGACAUGUGGAGAAAAUGGGAGUCAGAUGAGAAAUAUAUGUUUUCUGUGAAUGCUGCAUCUAUCCUGUCAAACAGAUCUAGCAUUAGUUAUUCAAACAAUGAUUCCUUUGUUGCGCCUCUACUUGUCUAUGAAACAGCAAGGAUAAUGACUGAUAAUGGUGUCGCCGAGAAGAGGUUCAACAUGUCGUGGGAAUUCAAUGUUGAUCCCAACUUUGACUAUUUGAUCAGGUUGCACUUUUGUGAGUUCAUCUUUGAUAAACAAAAUCAGAGACUCUUCAAGAUCUACAUUAACAACAAGACGGCUGCUGAGGAUUACGAUGUGUUUGCCCAAGCAGGAGGCAUCAACAAAGCAUAUCAUCAGGAUUAUGUGGAUUCCGUUCCACAGCAGACAGACACUCUCUGGGUUCAGCUUGGGCCGGAUCCGUUGACAGGUUCUCCAAGUACUGAUGCAUUUCUGAAUGGGAUGGAAAUCUUCAAACUAAGUCGGAAUGGAGAUCUUGCUCAUGCCUCGAAUAGGAUUACCAUUAAUCAGCCAGGGUCAGCUGGCAGUCAACCAAAGAAUAAGAUUCUGUGGGUGUCCAUUGGUUCCGGUAUUCUCUCUGUAUUAAUCAUUUCAUUAAUCGGUGCUUUUAUCUUCUGCUUAUGCAUUCAAAGAAAGAAAGUGGCAGUUCCUGUGAAAGAGACUUCGCCCGGUUGGCUCCCACUUUCCCUUCAUGGUGCCAUGGGAAGCACCACGAAUGCUCGGUCUUACAAAUCUCCAUUAUGUGCCACUGCUUCAUUAUGUAAUAGAACAGGAAGGAGGUUCACUUUAGCUGAAAUUAAAAGUGCUACAAAUAACUUCGAUGAGUCUUUAGCUAUUGGAACUGGUGGUUUUGGCAAAGUUUUUAAAGGUGAAAUUGAGGAAGGUACCCCAGUGGCGAUCAAGCGAGCAAAUCCACAGUCUGAGCAGGGUCUAGCAGAAUUUGAAACGGAAAUAGAGAUGCUCUCGAAACUUCGGCACCGGCAUUUGGUCUCGUUGAUUGGAUACUGUGAUGAGCAGAGUGAGAUGAUCUUGGUCUAUGAGUACAUGGCAAAUGGGACCUUGAGAAGCCAUCUUUUUGGUAGUGAUCUCCCCGCUUUGACGUGGAAGCAACGGCUCGAGGCAUGCAUCGGUGCGGCACGAGGACUUCACUAUCUUCACACUGGAGCAGAUAGAUGCAUAAUCCACAGAGAUAUCAAGACAACGAAUAUAUUGUUGGAUGAGAACUUUGUUGCUAAAAUGGCGGACUUCGGGCUGUCCAAAACUGGCCCUGGGUUGGACCAUACGCAUGUCAGCACUGCUGUAAAAGGAAGUUUUGGAUACCUUGAUCCUGAAUACUUUCGGCGGCAGCAACUAACACAAAAAUCCGAUGUCUAUUCUUUCGGUGUUGUGCUGUUCGAAGUUGUAUGUGCACGACCAGUAAUAAACCCAACAUUACCGAAAGACCAGAUCAACCUUGCUGAAUGGGCGAUAAGGUGGCAACGGCAGCAUUCACUUGAGACCAUCCUCGACCCGCAUUUAAAGGGGAACUAUUCCUUGGAGUCAUUGAAGAAAUUUGGUGAGAUUGCAGAGAAAUGCCUGGCCGACGAAGGGAAAAAUCGGCCUACAAUGGGUGAAGUACUUUGGCACCUCGAGUACGCCUUGCAGUUGCAUGAAGCAUAUACUGAAAGUUCAAACGUGGAAUCUUUUUCAAGCAGUGAGCUGAGGUUUGCUGAUAUGGCAAUCAAUCUCCCGCAGAUCAAGGAGGGAGAGACAGCCUCUCCAAAUGUAUCAAGAAGCAACUAUAAUUCUACAGAAAAUUUCAGGCAGUGAGUAGUCUUUAAUCAAGGUCAGUUCUACAAAUUGUUGAACUACUAAACUGGUAUCUUGCUUGCAGUUCUUGAUGUUCUCAUAUAAGAAACAACCGAGUAGUAUACUCAAUCGGGGUAGCUAUUCAUUUUUUCAUAUGUUCUAGAAUUGAUUUCUGUACCUUUUCCAUAUAUAUAUGCUUGUAAAAUCCUAGAAUGGAUUUGUUAACCAUGUUAUGCGAUUUAUUGGUGUACUAAUUAAUGAAAGAACAAUUGAUG